GGCAGUUUCUCUCUCAGCAACAACGUGCGCAGGGAGGUGGAGAGGCCAUGGGCCAGGUUAAUCCUCAGAUGAAUCAACAGAUGUUCGACUUCAUGAGGAGUAAUAACAUGGCCCGUGCACCAGGCCAGCAACAGAUGGGCCAACCCCAGCAGCCGCUGGGCAUGGGGCCCUCGCAGAUGAAUCCAGCUCAGCAGCAGUUUCGCGAUCUGCAGAAUGCUUCGCAGCAAAUGCAUAACGCUUUCAACCCCAAUUUCAUGAACGCGGGGCCCUCCAAUGGUCAGCAGUUUCCACCCAACCACCCGCAAGCACAACAGUCGGCACAGGCGGCAAUAAAUCGUAACAAUCUCCUAGCGCAGAUGGCAAGCGGCCAAAUGCGGCAGCUGGAAAUGAUCGGUCUGGCCCAGAAUCAGCAACCGCAGAAUGGACCGGCUGGAAUGGCCGCGCGGAUAGCUCACCAGCAACAGUUCCAGCAGAUGUUGCAGCAAACGCAACAGAACGGUGGUGCGAGCAUCUCGCUGCCACAGAACCAGCUCGCUCAGGGGACAUUCUUCCCGCAUCCCAGCAUGACGCCUGUCACUGAUAAUAGGCCAAACCAUUCGCCUCAGGUUGCGUCUCAACUACCGGUGUCGAUGGCGUCACAGCAACAACCUCAGCACAUCGAAGCACAACAACAUCCCCAGCGACCACCUCAAGCCGGUGGUCUUCCCGCCCAGCAGGUAUCACCCGAACAACUGAAGAAUACUUUCAAUCAGAUGCGGCAAAUGGCCAGAAACGAGAUCGAAGCAUUGUCAAAUGAAAUACAGCGACUACAGCACGUUCAUCCAAAGACGUCGGACAUUCAGUUACGUAUGGUGGCCUUGGGCCGGCAGGUAGACGAGAAGAAAAAUAAGGCGGCCCAGCUGGAUAGAGCAAUAAUGGAUAUUACCAACAAUCCCGGCAAGGCGAUGCUCUUUCAGCCCAGGAAUAACGCUGGUCCUAGCGCUCCUAUGAAUGGCGGAGUUGGGAUCAAUUCCGCCGCUGGUCCUACGUCUGUCAGUACACCGAUGCCUGGUCAACGGCCCGGCACUACAGGACCACCGCAGCAAAACCAGCCUAUGUGGCCCGGGCAGCAGAACAUGAUGGCCGGGUCUCUUUCCAACGGUCAACUCCCUCAUGGUUCGCCUUCGGUUGCCCAGCAGUUGCCUGCUCAAUUCAACAAUUCCCAAGGCAAUCUCCCUCAAAACGUUCAGCAGCCAGGGAUGCCCCAGACGUCGAACAUGGUCAUGCAGCGUUCGGUAUCCGCACAAGGGCCUGUCGGGUUGACACAACGGCCUCCUGUCAAUCCUUCAGCCAUGAACAACCUUGGGCAACCUCCGGUGACUAAGUCGGAUGGGUCUUCUGAAACACCCCAAAACUUCCUGCAGCUGCUCAGUACUUUACCGCCAGCAUUGCGCGCUCGUGUCCAGUUCCCGAUCGCACCUCUUGAGACUCAGAAAUUCCGUGAUACGUAUGGGAACUUUUGCCAGAGAAGAGGGGUUACUCUGGACGAGCGAGCCUUGAAUAUCAGCGAUCGGAGCAUUGACUUGCAUGCUUUGCAUUCGGAGGUUACUAAGGAAGGUGGCUAUACUAACGUGACCCGCAAGGAUCUAUGGGCAGUCAUUGGGGCGCGCAUGGGGUUUGUUCAUUUCCAUGCCAACGGACAGGAACCUGCCAAAGCUAGUUCAAAUGUCGCUCAGCAUCUGUCUCACGUCUACCGACAGUAUCUGAAAGAUUUCGAUGACCUCUACGUACAGACUAUACUAUCUUCUAGAAUCAAGCAGUUUGGCAAUCCGAACGCCGUAUCUGGGAACAACCAGCCUUUACGAGCUCCUGGGGCUGCUCCGAAUGCCCUUCCUGGACAUUUACCUCCUACGAAUCCUAAUCGACCCAACGCCCAGCAGCUAGCCGCUAUGAUGAGCUAUGCGCGUCUCUCUGUCGCCGAAAUGCGUGCCCGCGGCUUGCCCGACCAUGUCAUCAAUCUUGUGGAGCAAAAUCGCCCUAUGCUUAUGCAGCAGGCCCAACAACAUGAGCAAUUCCGGGGGUCGUUGCUCAGGCCGAGUCAACCGGGCAUGCCUUCGAACGGUGUUCCACCGAAUAUGCAGCAGAGAGUUCCGUCUGCCGGACCGGGGCAGCUUAGCCAGGGUCAAAAUCUUGCCCUCGGCAACAACGGGCAGAAUGGAGCAAGACCGGGCCCGCCACAAGGUCACGCUUCGACGCCUGGGAUGCCUGGUAUGGAUGGCUCGAAUCAUGCUGCACUCAAAGCAGGCUUGGGUCCUAUGAACGGUGCUCCUCCGCUAGCUCAUAUGCAACCGUCUCAGGGCGCGGGUUCUCAGAGGCCUACUGAGGAGCAGUUGCGCGAUUCGAUGAGGAAGAUAGACGAGCUCAGAAAGUCCAUUCAGCAGAAUGCGCCGAUGAAUUCAGUCAUCCUCCCCGAAGAGCAUAGACAGCCAUACCGGGCAUUAUUCGAUAGGAUGUGUCAAAUGUGCGAUCAGCUCGAGCCACGAUUACCGUUCAUUCACGCCGCUGUCCCCCAAGACGAGCUGGUUAUGAAGCUCUUGACUAUCUUCCGCGUCAAGGAGGUUCAGAAAGCUGCUUUCUCGUCGGCGAGCCCCAGGUUCUUGUUUCCGCUCGAAAGAAUGGGACACAUGGCCCACUUUGUCCAGAGCGCUUACACGCAUUUUAUCUCGCCUGUGAAUGCAGACAACCGAGGAUCGGGACCGCCUGGUGGUCCUCGUGGCCCUCCUCCAAUCCAAUCAGCUGGAUCCCCUCAGCCGCCCAUGUCGACAACCCCGGUACCGGUGGGUGGCGUUUCCCCUCGUCCACAGCCUGUGCCGCCGGCACCGUCAGGAACACCGGCCAGAAAGAAGAUCGUACCUCCUGCGUCAAAUGUAUCUGCCACUUCUCCUGCUCCUCCCGCGUCUGCUUCUACACCUGGCGCUUCCGCUGCCACGCCUAUAACUAUUACCAACUCACCUCAGCUUGGCAAGUCGCCGAAACCCAAGGCGACAAAACCAAGGGCUCCUGCAGCUCCAAGAAGGAAACCUUCGAUCAAGGCCUCCGGUGAGGGGGGCACGCAGCCCUCAGCCGACGCUACCGGCAAAAGGAAACGCGAGGAAGGCCCGACGCCUGAGGACGACGUCCAAGCCGGCUCGCCACCGAAGAAGUCAAAGUCUGAGUGGGAAGAGCCGCCUAGCCAGGAUCUCGCCAAGAGAGACGAGCAAGCGGACAAGAUCGAGACUGAUGAGGAUGCUAUUGCCUUCUUGCGUGGGAUCGAAGAUCUUAUGAAGAAGCAAGUAGGUUCCAACGGAGCUGUUCCCCCCGAGUGCUCUGAGACGUUGGAAUACAUAUUGAAGGGCUACGAUGGUGACAUCACAGGCGCAGAUGCGAGCUCGUCAGGCUUAUCUGGGGCGCUGGACCCUAGCGCACUCCUUGCUUCGUCUCCCGAGUUGUCGCAACACUCUACCAUUGACAGCAAUUUUGAUGCCUUCUUCGACUUCUCAUCAUUCGGCGCCGGGGACGAGGAUGUCUCUGUGUCGAAAGCACCUACCCCUGAUCUGGUUGCUAGCUCCUCGGCCAAUCCCAGUCCGGAGUCAGGCGCAGAUGAACCAGCAAAUCAGCAUGCCGGCGUUUCGACAUCGACGCCCAAGAUCGCUGACGCCAGCGUGGAUGACUACCUAUCAGGACCGUUGCGGCUAGGCAUCUUCGGUGAAGUGGAUGGGGGCGAGUCUUCUUUCUACUCGUCGGAUAGCUGGAAGUGGGAAGGCCUGAUGCCCACCGCCGAUCCAGCUUGGGCAAUCUCGGACACGUAACUGGUCUGCCCUUUCCUCGGAUUCGAAUUCGCAUAUUUAUUCCAGCUCCUGGUGUGUAUCUUUCUUGGUUAGGUCAUGGUGCCGUUUCCCGCCAGUUCUCCUCCAUCUCCAUCUCUCCAUCUUGUCACGCGCUGCCUUUUGUGUACUUCUAUGUGUUGUUUGUGCUUGCUGUCGAUGCGCUGCUGCUGAAUCUCGCCCGGACUCGUUCAGACGGACUUCAUGUCAAUUCCUUGGUUGGGAAACGGAUCCAACGGAGGGGACAGAUGUACCCGGAGCAUCUAGAGACCAUAUGGUAUGGGUAUUUAAUACAUAGUUUACACUGUAAAACAUUAAUCGAUACACUUGGAUCUGUACCAUGGAUACGGAGUCCGAUUCUCGAGUCAUCUGUGCGGCUUGAGACUGGAAUGUCGAGCUGUGUUCUCGAGAAUACGGGCUCGUAAAGAUGAUAUUACCGGCGACGAGGAUGAAGAGUGCUGCUUCGAGAUUCUCGACUUCGACGCCAGCGAAACCGGCAUGGUCCCCACCGCAGCGCCGAUCCUCCUCUUCUUCAGAGAUUCCUUGUCUCGCAGCUCCUCCUGCCUGCGCGCCCGCUCCCAUUCCUCCUUGGCAGCUUUCCUGCUCUCCUCGUCGUCCCUCACGAGGCUCAUGCUCUCGGGGAGCCCAUAUCGGCCCUUGAGCUCUUCGUCGGCCCUCUGCAGCGCGCGGUCGACCUUCUUCUGCUCGCGGAAGCGCUUGCGCACCUUGACGGAGAGCGUGUACGGGUCGGCGGAGCGCUGCUCGGAGAAGGACUGCAGCUCUUCAAUGCGCGGCAUUUGGACUUGGGUCAUAUGGGUCUGGGCGGAGGUCGUCUUUUCGAGCGCAGCAAGGGGGUCGGUGGGGGUGGCGGCUUUGUCGGUAUCAUGCACUGCAAAGCCCCCGUUCUCUUCUGGAUCCCAAUCCUCCUGCUUCUGCCGUGCACCUUCGGUCACCACAUAUCGCGUGCUCUUGGGAUCCGUCUGUAUCUCGAACCAUCCUCCGCACAGAUGGCAUUUGCAUCGGAAGGCGUAGAUAGGUGUGGAAUAGUAGGAUCCAACCUUGCGCUUCUCGGCGUUGUACCGCACGCCCAUACCAAUGUGGGCUUCGCAGUGGCCACACCAUAUGUUGAACGGCAGCUCAAAACGCGUUAUGAGGAUUCCCUGGUCAAGCUUGCGUGCGCGGUCACCCAGGGCGUG